AAAUAAUGUUGCUUUUUAGUGCAGAGACGGAAAGACCGUUGUGUGGCAGAGGAAGCCCCCACGUAUAAAGUAGGUGAUGGUCAUCGUGCAUGGAAGUCAGCCAAAACACCAACAGCAAAUGAGGAAAGUUUCAUUUUUCGAUCAGAUAGGAGAUGGGUCGAUGUCACGACUAUUCCUCUUUUAAUGGCAUAUUUGACGAGGUACAUGCUAGACACUGACAAAUUAAGACCAAAUGCCUUUGAAAUAAGAGCACAGGAAGGCAAACCAUCAGCAGUAGUCCAGUGUGAUGAUUCUGGCAUGCUGGCCGAAUGGAUUAAACACAUGUCAAACAACAUCAUCCAGCUUACAGCUCAACAGAUGAAGGUGCUAAACAAAUCUCUUUCACCAAAUGAUCAGGUACAUCACAUGGGAUGGGUCAGUGAGGGCACCAUUGCAGCACAACCUUGGUACAAAUGGCAGGCUCGGUUUCUGGCCUUCAAAGGUCCAGAUAUUUUCUUCUUUGAUGUACCACCUCAGAAGAAAGUACUUCUAUUGUAACGUUGCUGCCUGAUAUCAUAAUUGCAC